AUGAUAUUAAUACUGACCCUAAUUAGAAUCACUUUUCUCUUCCGUACAGACAAUCUUGCCUAUUACUCUACAAAUUGGCCUUUUCAACUUCGAAAAAAGGGAAGUGUCUACGAGCUGAAAGCCAUCUACCUUGUUAAUGGAAUAAGCAAAUCAGAAUUCAAAAUUCCCGAGGUCUAUGUUCGCAAGAAUGGGAAUCAGUCAGUGCUUCUGAGUCACAAAGAUUUGCAGUGGAUUGCUGAUAUACACUGGCAGCGUCCCAUUAAUCCACGGGUGUAUCGCGUCUAUCCACAACCACUAGAUCUCAACGAUACCAUCCACCGGUUACUAAACGGCAUACCGAUUGCAGAGGCUCCAAUAAAUGGCGACACCUUCAGAUACUUGGCCAUUAGCCAAGGAGUGUGCCACCCGGAAAACCCCGUCAGUCAUGCUUUCGACGUUGUCGUGGUGGUCAAAUCCAAUGUAGCCGGCUUCCGGCGUCGCGAACUCUUUCGUCGUGUAUACGGUGAUGUGGUGAACAACAACGCUCAUGACAUCCGAGAUAUGCGAAUCGGCCUGGUAUUUUCCCUGGGUGUUCCACGUACCCAAACCAACAGUUUCUUUAGACGUGGUACCCAUAAUUUCAAACUCAAAGGCAGUGGAAGUGAGAAUCUGAACCCGGAGUCACUUAAACAAACCUCUAAAGACUUGGCUGAAGAGAUAGUCACUCACGACGAUAUGAUAGUGGGUGACUACGAAGAUACCUACUUCAAUCUCACAAUGAAGACCCAUUACUCCUUCAUGUGGUUCUCAACUUUCUGCCGAAUCACUCAGCCUAACGUACUAUUUAUCGAUGAUGACGUCCCCUUCUCCCCGCAACAGCUUAUUCGAGUCCUCUCCUCUAUGUCUCUAAAGCAACGAAGAACCCUGUUCCAUGGGAAGGUAGAAAUUAACGCGAAAGUGAUACGAUUCGGCUGGAAAAGUUAUCAGAAAUGGGCUCUGUUAAAGGAAGAGGCUCCCUGGCCACUCUAUCCGCCCUAUUUGCAGGGUAUAUACAUCCUGGCGGGAUUCAAACAUGUUGAGCGGGUGGCUCUGGGGAUGCUCUUCACCCAGUACAUCCCAAUUGAAGAUGCCUGGAUUGGACUGGUAGCUACGAGGUUAAAUAUCACCUUGAGCAGCAUCCACGAGUAUAUGUCGAGAGAGAACAUGUUGAUCAAGAAAAGGUCAGAGUUUGAACCAGUUGAUAGUAAGGUGUUCUUUAGAUGA